AUGGGCUUUGCCGAAUGUUCCUGGCCAAUAUGGCGGGUCGAUGACUUCACACAUUGCUUCCAGCAUGACUACCUCAGGGUCCUGCUGCCGUUGAUUAUCAUUGGCCUGUCUUUUGUGCGCCUCGUCAUCCAGAACAUUGUCCGCGCCGUCCGCUCCAAGAGCCCCCGAGGGUAUGAGCGCAUCCUCAACGGCGGCGCAUCCAUCUCUCCUGCUACCCACACCGAGCUGCCCCGCGAGGAAGAGCCUGUCAGCGAGAGCGAGGAUGAAGCAGACUUGACCAUCGGCGGCGGCCGGCUCGCCUUGGUAAAAACCACUACCCGCGGCUCCAUCGUCCAGGCCGACAUCCCGCAGGCGCAGACACUAUCGGUGUUUGUCGAGGAGCUGGCUGUCGCCGGGCUAGUCGCCAUCAAUACCGCUGCGCUCGCUACGGGCGCCUAUGACGAUGAUCGCCGUCGCAUGUCUGCAAUUGCUGGCCUGGUCGUCUGGGUAUACACCCUGCUCUUGACCUCGCUGCGUCUGUUCCUCGGAAACACGCAAUGGCGCGUCCCGCGGCUCUGGAACCAUACUGCUACCAUCUACAGUUUCCAGUGGCUCUUUACGCUGGUCAUCUUCCGCUCGGCCCUGAUCCAUCCCGCCUCGCACCUGGCCCAGUCACUGGUCAUUGCCGAGUUUGCGCUCACCUCGCUGCUCUUUGGCAUGGCCAUUAGCACGCGGAAGGGUAAUAAGACUAUCUUACUCGAGUGGGAAGAUGGCAUCGAGCCGGGCAGGGAGAACCUCGCCAGUCUGUUCUCCCAUUAUACCUUCUCCUGGGUCGACUCGAUCAUCUGGGCGGGCUGGAAGGAGCCCUUGACGAUGAAGCGGGUUUGGAACCUGCUGCCGAGGGAUAAGGCUGCCGCCGUGCUGGCGAGCUAUCGCCAGGUGAAGCGAACGACGGUUCUGUCGCUGCAUCUGGUGAAGUACUUCAAGGGGAUGCUGCUGGCGCAGGCAAUCUGGGCGGCUUUUGGUGGUGCUCUCGCGUUCGCGCCCACGCUCCUGCUUAGGCAGAUCUUGGAGUAUGUCGAGAACCCGUCGAUCGCGCCGCGGAAUGUGCUGUGGCUUUACGUCAUUCUGCUGCCAGUGUCGGAUAUUGUCCGAUCGAUCUGCGACGGUCAAGCGCUAUGGAUCGGUCGCAAGAUUUGUAUCAAUAUUCGGGCUAUCCUGGUUGGUGAGAUUUACGCCAAGGCUUUGCGCAGGAAGGCUGCCGCGGGGAACGAUUCCACGCUAGGGGCGAAGAAGAAGAAGAAGAAGAAGAAGAAGAGGAGGAGGAGAGACGAGGAGGAGGAGCAGGGCGUUAAGAAGAAGGGACUCCUCGCCAAAGCAAAACGCUUGUUGGGUCUUGGGAAGGAUUCUGACGAUAAAAAGGCCGACGCGAACGCCCAAGGACCUGAGAACAAGGACAAGAAGGGCGAGCCUGAUGAGCAGGCCAACCUGGGUACCAUCAUCAACCUGAUGUCGGUCGACAGCUUCAAGGUGUCCGAGGUGACGGCAUACCUGCACUUCCUAGUCGCUGCUGCCCCCGUCCAGCUGCUCGUCGCCAUCACCCUGCUCUACCGCGUCAUGGGCCUCAGCGCAAUCCCUGGCUUCAUCGUCAUGGCGCUGCUGCUUCCCGUCAAUAUCGCUUUCGGCAAGGGAUUCAACUCGAGUCAGAAGAAGAUCAUGGCUGCUACGGACAAGCGGAUCCACACGACGAACGAGAUCUUGCAGAAUAUCCGCAUCAUCAAGUACUUUGCCUGGGAGCAUCGGUUUUCCAAGAUUGUGGAUGAGAAGCGCCGUGCUGAGCUCAAGGCUCUGCGGACCCGGUACAUAAUCUGGGCGGCGGCCGUCGCGGUGUGGAAUACCGUGCCGAUCUUGAUUACCUUCUUCUCGUUCUUGAUCUAUACCGUGGUCGAGAAGAAGCCGCUUUACCCGUCGGUGGCGUUCACGGCUAUUUCGUUGUUCAUGCUGCUGCGGUAUCCGCUCGAUCAGCUAGGUGACAUGAUUGCUCAUGUACAGGAGUCGCAGGUGUCGAUUGAUCGGAUUGAGGAGUUUCUGUCGGAGGAAGAGACCGAGAAGUUUGCGCAGCUGGGGAUCGACAACGUCGAUGAGAACGGCAACAGGGUCAUCGGUUUCCGGAAUGAUGCGACCUUCAUCUGGGGCAGCAAGACAGCCGUCAAGGAGGACGGGACGAUGGCGUUCCGCUUGCUGGAUCUCAACGUCGACUUCAAGAUCGGCAAGCUCAACGUUAUCACCGGUCCGACCGGGUCUGGCAAGACUUCGAUGCUCAUGGCCCUCCUCGGCGAGAUGACCCUGAUCAAAGGGCGCGUCUACCUCCCCGGCGGCCGCAGCCGUGAGGACGUGCGACCCGAUCCCGAAACGGGCCUGGCUGAGACGUGCGCCUACGUCGCCCAGCAAGCCUGGCUCGUUAACGCCAGCAUCAAGGACAACAUUCUCUUCUCCGCCCCCUACGACGAGAAGCGCUACCACGACGUCAUCGUCGCCUGCGCUCUGGAACGUGAUCUCGAGAUCCUCGACAACGGCGACGAAACUCUUGUCGGCGAAAAAGGCAUCACCCUCUCCGGCGGCCAGAAACAGCGCAUCUCUUUGGCUCGUGCGGUCUACUCCAACUCGAAGCAUCUGCUCCUGGAUGAUUGCCUGAGCGCCGUCGACUCGCAUACCGCGCAGUGGAUCUUCAACAACUGCAUCAUGGGCCCCCUCAUGCGGGGACGCACCUGCAUUCUUGUCUCCCACAACAUCCCUUUGUGCGUCCCGCAGGCUGAUUAUGUGGUUACGAUGCACAAUGGGCGGAUUGCCGCGCAGGGGACCCCGCAGGAGCUGGUGGCGGCCGGCAAGCUUCCCGAAGACGCGCUGCCGCGGGAAUCUGCGCCCGGGUCGGCGCAUAUCUCGCGGGUGCCGAGCCGUGUUCCGUCGAGCGUGGGCGAGGAGAGCGGUGACACGCUCGUGGUGAACGAGGCCGAUCCGGAUGCGCAGCAGACCUUGCGGGCUGAGAAUGCCAAAAAGAAGGAGGCGAAGAAGAUAGACGCUAUGGAGGAGCAUAAGGCCGUCGGGUCGGUCAAGUGGCCGGUUAUGAAGCUUUACUUGCGUUCUAUGGGAGGCUGGUGGUUUUGGUGUCUGGCGUGUGUGGUGUUCACCGCGCAGCAGCUCUCGGGCGUCGCGAGUAGUAUUUGGAUCAAGGAGUGGUCGAAUCAGUAUACCGAGCAGGAGGAGGAGAAGUCGUCGAGGGAGGCGGUGCUGUUGUUCAACGUCAACUCGGCGAGUUACUCGGCUCAGACGCUGUCGCCGACUUACUUUGCGUCGAUCGGGACGUGGGUUAGGGAUCGGGCUGGGUUCGUCUCCGCCGCCGCAAGCGCGGACGCGGAUGGGACGCCGGAGGUCAACGUGCAGUACUAUCUCGGCAUCCUGGCGCUUAUUGGGCUGGCCGGGGCCGCGACGGCGCUGAUCCGCGAUCUCUGGAUCUUCUUCGGGUCGUUGACUGCCUCGUGGAAGCUGCACGCAGGCCUGAUGAACUCGGUCACUCGCGCCAAGUUCAAGUUCUUCGACGUCACGCCCCUCGGACAGAUCAUGAACCGCUUCAGCAAGGACCUCGAGGCCAUCGACCAGGAGGUGGCGCCCGUCGCUAUCGGUGUGAUGACCUGCGCGCUGGGGAUCGUUGUGACCGUCGUCCUGAUCGCAUGGAUCACGCCCGGGUUCUUGAUCGCCGGCGUGUUUAUCACGCUAGCAUACAUCUUCCUCGGCGCGUUUUACCUGCACGCUUCCCGCGACCUGAAGCGUCUUGAAUCCGUCGAACGCAGCCCGCUCUUCCAACAAUUCGGCGAGACCCUCAGCGGCGUGACGACCAUCCGCGCAUACGGCGACGAGCGUCGCUUUAUUCGCGACAACCUGGCGCGCAUCAACACCCAGUUGCGGCCGUUUAUCUACCUGUGGGCUGCUAACAGAUGGCUUGCAUUCCGCACCGACCUGCUCGGAGACAUGGUGGCGUUUUUUGCCGGGGUCUUCGUCAUCUUGAGCCUGGGCAAGAUCGAUCCCGGAUCGGCGGGUAUUUCGCUCAGCUACGCGAUCGGGUUUUCGGAGAAUAUCCUCUGGCUGGUGAGAUUAUAUGCGGUGAAUGAGCAGAACAUGAACUCGGUGGAGAGGAUUAGAGAGUAUCUCGACGUUGAGCAGGAGGCGGAGGCGGUCGUGGAGAAGAACCGGCCUGAGAGCGGGUGGCCUUCGAGGGGGACGGUUGAGUUCGUGAACUAUAGCACGCGGUAUAGGAAGGAGUUGGAGCCGGUGUUGAAGAACCUGAGUUUUAAGAUCGAGGCAAGAGAGAGGAUUGGGAUUGUGGGGAGGACGGGCGCCGGCAAGAGCUCGUUGACGUUAGCGAUCUUUAGGGCCCUGGAGGCGGACGAGGGGAAGAUUCUCAUUGACGAUGUGGAUAUCAGCACGAUUGGGCUGAGAGAUUUGCGCGAGGCGAUCACGAUCGUGCCGCAGGAGCCAACGCUUUUCAUGGGGACCAUCAGGAGUAACCUCGACCCGUUUGACUUGUAUACGGAUGAGCAGAUCUUUGCGGCGUUGAGGAGGGUCCAUCUCAUCCAGCCGGAUGAGAUGCCUUCUGCUUCUACAGGCGCGGCUCUUCCGGCGCCGACGACCGCCUCCUCUUCGGAGCAGGCCGCCGACCGAGCCGCUUCAGACCAGCAACAAGCAGACGCGAUUCCCACGAACAAGAACCCCUUCCUCGACCUCUCUUCCCCCGUCACCGAGUCUGGCAACAACCUCUCCCAAGGCCAGCGCCAGCUCCUCUGCCUGGCCCGUGCCCUCCUCAAAAACCCGACCGUCCUCGUCAUGGACGAGGCGACCGCCUCCAUCGACUAUGCCACGGACGCUGCCAUCCAGGAGACCAUCCGCGAGCUGGACAGCACCAUCAUUACCAUUGCGCACCGCCUGCAUACCAUCGCGGAUUAUGAUAAGGUGCUGGUGCUGGAUAAGGGGUCGUUGGUGGAGUACGGGCAUCCGUGGGAACUCAUGAAGAAGAAGGGGGGCGUGUUUAGGGGGAUGUGUGAGAUGACUGGGGAUUUCGUCGGGUUGAGGCAGGUGGCGAGGGAGGCGUGGAGGAAAAAGGUUUUGGUCGAUGUGGGGGAUGAGGAGGAGGAAGAGGAAGAGGAUCAGAGGAGUGAGGGUUCGAGUGGUGGGGAAGAAGGUCGGCGACAAGAGCAGCAGAAGGGCGUGAGCGAAGAACAGCCUGAGCAGUCUGCCUUUGAAGACUCAGCACCAUCCGCCGGCCAGAAGCCGUAG